AUGCAUAGUUCACAUAAUAUAAUAGCCGAAAUUAACAGAGAAGAAGUAAUAUUUACAGAAUUACCAGAGCCACUGGCAAAUCUUGCAUACAAUAUACUUUAUAGACAAGUAAUUCAAAGGGCUAUGGCUAAAGACUUUGUUUAUACAGAAGACAAUAUUAUAUCAAAAUUCACCGAGUCUCUCUAUACCAUAUAG